CCGCUGGGCUGGGUCGGCCUCCCCCCUCCCGCCGGGGACAGGUGGCUGGGGUGCGCCCCGCCUCCGCCAGCUGCGAGGGAGAGCCUGCGAAGGAGGGGGAGAGGGGAAUAGCCGGUCUCGACGGCCGCGGCCAGCUGCAAGCGGGAGUGUGUGAGGAACGAGAUCAGGACGGCCGGCCCCGGAGUCCGGCGGCAGCAAACGAGUAUCGUGGCGGCCAAAAAAAUGCUCCUGUACCGAGGGGCCCCCGCCGGCCCCGGCGUACCCGGCGGCGGCGGACUGACCCGGCCGGGCAGCGUCCCCACGCAGGCCUUCGGGAUCCGCCUCAGUACGAUGAGCCCCCGCUACCUACAGAGCAACUCCAGCAGCCACACGCGACCCUUCAGUGCCAUCGCGGAGCUGCUAGAUAAUGCUGUCGAUCCAGAUGUAUCUGCCAGGACGGUCUUUAUAGAUGUUGAAGAGGUCAAGAAUAAGUCUUGUUUGACCUUUACUGACGAUGGAUGUGGAAUGACACCUUACAAACUCCACCGAAUGCUGAGCUUUGGAUUUACAGAUAAAGUAAUAAAGAAGAGCCAGCGUCCCAUUGGGGUCUUUGGUAAUGGUUUCAAGUCAGGCUCCAUGCGGCUAGGAAAGGAUGCUCUUGUCUUCACCAAGAAUGGGGGUACUCUCACUGUUGGACUCUUAUCGCAAACCUAUCUGGAAUGUAUCCAGGCUCAAGCAGUUGUUGUGCCAAUUGUUCCAUUCAGCCAGCAAAACAAAAAAAUGAUUAUUACAGAAGAUUCUUUGCCCAGCUUAGAGGCCAUCUUGAAUUACUCAAUUUUCAACAGUGAAAAUGACCUGCUGUCCCAGUUUGAUGCCAUUCCAGGCAAAAAAGGCACUCGUGUUCUCAUUUGGAAUGUCCGCAGAAACAAAGAUGGGAAGUCUGAGCUGGACUUUGAUACAGAUCAGUAUGACAUCCUCGUAUCAGACUUUGAUGAAGAAGAAAAAGAGAUUGGUGGUGGUGUCUCUGAGCUGCCAGAAACCGAGUAUUCUUUACGGGCAUUUUGUAGUAUUCUAUAUAUGAAGCCACGAAUGAAAAUUUUUCUACGUCAAAAGAAAGUGACUACCCAGAUGAUUGACAAGAGCCUGGCCAAUGUAGGAUAUGAUAUAUAUAAGCCUGCCUUCACAAAUAAGCAGGUGAAAAUCACUUUUGGAUUCUCUUGCAAGAAUCAUAACCAGUUUGGAAUAAUGAUGUAUCAUAACAACCGGCUCAUAAAAUCCUUUGAGAAGGUGGGAUGCCAGAUAAAGCCAACUCGUGGAGAAGGUGUAGGAGUAAUUGGAGUCAUUGAAUGCAAUUUCCUGAAGCCUGCCUACAACAAACAAGACUUUGAGUACACCAAGGAAUACCGGAUGACAAUAAAUGCCCUUGCCCAGAAGCUCAAUGCUUAUUGGAAGGAAAAAGCAUCUGAAGAAAAUUUUGAGACUUUACCUACAUCCAGGAAGCUUCCUGACCAGACAUGGGUACAGUGUGAUGAAUGUCUUAAAUGGAGGAAGCUUCCUGGAAAGGUGGAUCCAUCCACAUUACCUGCAAGAUGGUUUUGUUACUAUAAUCCCCAUCCAAAAUACAGGAGGUGCUCUGUUCCAGAGGAACAAGAUGGCAUCGAUGACUUAUACCUGAGCAAAGCUAAACAACAAGAUCAAAAUGUUGAGAAGAUGAAGAAACCCAUGGAAAAUGACAACCACCAGGUAUUCAGUAAUCCACUGAAGAUUCCUACUAUUCAACAUAUGGCUGGACUGAAUGACAAGACAAUUGGGUAUGAGAGAAUCAGUAGCCCAAGCCUGCUUCCAUGUGUUGAAGAAAGAAGAUCACCUCUUCAACUUAAGCCUCUUGAUUGCAGUGUUUUGCAGUUUUCCAGUAAUUACAAAUGGAUUCUAAGUGAGGAACCUGUGGAAAAACGAAGAAGGUUCCAGAAUGAAAUGACCCCAUCUCCUCUAGACUAUUCCAUGCCUGGUUCUCACAGGAGGGUAGAAGCAGCUAUUGCCUACCCAGAAGGAGAAAACAGUCAUGAUAAAUGCAGUUCAGAGAGAAGCACACCACCAUACCUGUUACCAGAAUACCCAGAAGCAAGCAAGAAUACAGGGCAAAACAGGGAUGAUUCAGUUCUAUGUCCAGGGUCUCAAGACCAAUGUCGCGGCUCGCUGCUUCCUGAAGAAUUAGAAGAUCAGAUGCCAAGACUGGUAGCAGAAGAAUCUAACAGAAGUAGCAUGAACAUAAACAAAGAAGUGAAUAAGGGACCUUUUGUAGCUGUUGUUGGUGUGGCAAAAGGAGUUAGAGAUUCCGGAGCUCCUAUUCAGCUAAUCCCUUUUAACAGAGAGGAGUUUACUGGGCGAAGAAAAACAGCUGAAUCCUGGAACCCACUUCCUUAUUCUUCUGUGGCCUCUGCUGCAGCCAUUGGGGGAAAGGGAAAAGUCCACCAGGAGAGUGGAGGUCGUAACACGCCAAAGAUAAAGAACCAGAGAGAAAUGGAAGAAUUGAAGAGAACCACAGAAAAAUUGGAACGUGUUUUAGCUGAAAGAAAUUUGUUCCAGCAAAAGGUAGAGGAGCUAGAACAAGAGAGGAACCACUGGCAUUCUGAAUUCAAGAAAGUUCAACAUGAAUUGGUGACCUACAGUACCCAGGAGACAGAAGGCUUGUACUGGAGCAAGAAACACAUGGGUUAUCGCCAAGCUGAAUUCCAGAUUCUGAAAGCUGAACUAGAAAGAACCAAAGAGGAAAAGCAAGAAUUAAAAGAAAAACUGAAGGAAACAGAGACACACCUGGAAGUGCUGCAGAAGGCUCAAGUCUCCUACCGGAACCCAGAGAGAGAUGACCUAGAAAGGGCUUUGGCAAGGCUUACACGGCUACGUAUCCACGUCAGCUAUCUCCUUACUUCUGUCCUCCCUCACUUGGAGCUUCGUGAGAUCGGGUAUGACUCAGAACAAGUGGAUGGGAUCCUGUACACGGUGCUGGAAGCAAAUCACAUACUGGAUUGAGCACCAGAUUGACUGACUGACUGACUAUCUAUCUAUCUAUCUAUCUAUCUAUCUAUCUAUCUAUCUAUCUAUCAUCUGUCUGUCUGCCUAUCUAUCUAUCUAUCUAUCUAUCUAUCUAUCUAUCUAUCUAUCUAUCUAUCCUCUAUCCUUCUUUUCUGUUUUCAACUUAUGGACUACAUAUCUCAUCUCCUCUCUUCUCUUCUGCUU